GCCUUCAAACAAAAACAUUAAGUACACAACUGAGUGAAGAUGGCGGAGCGUUUACAACGCGAGACUUUGCCACCACCCUGGAAUUAUGCAAUUACAGCAGACGGAAGAAUAUUUUUCAUAAAUGAUGAAACACGGACUACAACCUGGAUUCAUCCAGUGACAGAAGAACCCGUAGCGACAGGCCUCCUGUCACGGGAAGAUUUACCAAAGGGUUGGGAACAAGGAUGGACAACAGAGGGUGCUGUUUUCUUUGUUAACCACAACAGGGAAACAACAACUUUCUACCAUCCAACAACAUCAGCUGUAGAAGUUGCGGAUAAUUCACAGUUCCAUGUAAAAUUGGCACCAGCAGAUGAGAAUAAUGAAACCUUGACUAUGUCACUAAAAACGCAACCAACGCCUGUUAGUGUUAGUGUCAACAAGAACAUAGGCAACAAAGUACAAUCCACACCAGAGGGCAGCACAACAAUGCCACCAACAACGCAAAUAAUGCCGGCAACUCCAAAAGUAAAGAACCGAGUGAUUCCAAAAAAUGUGGUUCCGCAGGUAAAGAGGCGGAAAGAUGACCAGGUGACUAUGAAAGGGUGGCUGUAUAAAAUGGGAUCAAAGUUCAAAGUUUGGAAGAAAGUCUGGUGUGUCAUUUCCGAUUUCUGCCUGUUUUAUUACAAAGGCCCUAAUGAUGUGAAUAUGCAAGGAUCUAUAGUACUGCCCAGCUAUGACAUCAGAUCAGUAGAUUAUGCAGACAAGGCGAACAAGAAAUACGCAUUCAAGUGUACCCAUCAAAAUAUGAGAACAGUAAUAUUUGCUGCUGAGUCAGAGCAAGGCAUGAAGCAGUGGAUUGAAGCACUUUCUAGGGCAGCCAAGGUGCAAAUGGACUUGGGAUAUGGGGAACCUGUCAACAAAUAUAAAGAAAUUAGGAUCAGUGAUGAUGAAGAUGGGGGCUUUGCAAAUUUCUCUCAACCGACACGAAGUGAGAUGGAUCACUACAGGUCGCAUCACAGUGACAAUGGGUACCGCACAUUUGAGGAUGAGGAACAACCCCGUAGUGCGCACCGACUGAUUGAUCAACAGGAGUACAACCGUUCACAAUCAUACCACCAAAGGCCGAAUGGUAACAUUCGACAAAAGGAGGCUGAUAAUUACGCCCAUGAGAGCAAGGAUAGAUUGGUCCCAUCGGGUCGUUACCAUGAUGAUGAUCCUCGCAGAGGUGAGGAAGUACAGGAGUUUGUUGAUGACAGCGCGACCGAGGAUGAAGGAGAUGCAUAUUCGGACGAUGACAUUGAAGAGGUUUACUCCGAAGAGAAAGACAGUCAUAAGAACCAGACCAUUGAUGAUUAUUCAUUAAGCAGAGAUAAAGAUUACCGUAGGCUUGGUACACAAUCACACACGCCAGGUCUCUACCCGGCAUCGUACCGAACCCUUCCACGUAAACGAUCGUCUGAGUAUUACUCCUCAAUGGAUGACUUCACCUGGGAAGAAUCAGCAUCCACAUCUGUUCCUCUGACAAUGAGAGAAGAUUCUGUAUUUGAACGACCUCAUGAUCAAGAAUUUCAAAGGAGAUCAGCGCAGGAUUUAAUGUCUCCUGGACAAGAACAAGCAUUACAGUACAGUGACGAACAAUCAAAUCGUAGCUCUCUAGAGCUUCAUCACAGGCAUCCAAAUUUCUCCCAAAUGAAUCAUCCACCAGAUAAAAAACACCACUCUGGUGACUACCAUCGUUCUGAUGACUACCGUCGUGCUGGUGACCAUCUUUCUGAUGACUUUCAUCAUUCUGAAAACCAUCCUUCGGAUGGCUAUCGUCAUUCUGAUGAUCACCGUCAUUCUGGUGACUACCAUCGUUCUGAUGGCUACCAAAAGUAUGAUUCAGAUAUAAAGUCGGCAACCCUUCAGCAUAAUUAUUCGAAAGAGCCACUACAAUCACGUAAUAAUACGAUGCCACGUAUACAAGACAGUAAUCAGUAUUCUUCACGAAAUUCUCUGCCGUCAUCAAAUGCUCAGUUACCAGUCAAUUACAAAAGGAAUGAUAACAGCUCCCAGCUUAGCUAUGCAAGCCAGAGACUAGAUGAAAGUGAUUCGCAGCAGAGCUACGACUCUCAGAAACGAGAUGAAACACAUUCACUGCAGAGUUACGACAGUCAAAGGCGAGACAUUUCUCAUGACGAGGGGAGUAGAUCUUCAUCAAGAGCCACAAGCCCACCAAUUAGAAAGGAUUAUGUGGACGGAGGACAUAUUCAAAGGAAACGACCCGAAAGUCUGAAGUUCGAUUUCAAGCAUAACAAUAAUAACUACAAUAUUCAAAGGGGUGGUAUUUCACCUGAACAAAGGUCAGUUCUUCAGAGUCCUUGGGACCAGCAUCCACCUCUACCAAAGGAACAAAGGUCAACUAUCAACAGUCCAGUAACCUAUAACCCUCCAAGACCAGAGAAUGAUGCACAACCAUUGAGAGUUGUACAAACUGAACUAAAGAAAAUGGAUGAUGAGUUCCCAGAGCAGCGUUCAUAUUUGCAGAGUCCAUUGGUGCAGUCAAGCAGUCCACCUAGUUUAGGUCAAGAGCAGCGAUCUACCAUCAACAGUCCAAUGGUAUAUGAGGAUAGUGUCCCCCAAUGGCCUUCUCAGAACACCCAUGACCCUCACAAUAAGGACAAUAUAAUUCAUGAUGAACGUAUUAUACCAAAGCAGGCCAGUUCUCAACACAUGGCCCCUGGUCUGUCUAGAAGCAGCACUCUGGAUUCCAAGAGACACUCUUCAUCACAAGGUAGGCCAGGGAGCAGGACUGGCUACACCGAGGCCGACAUCGCUCCCAGUCGCAAUCGGUUGCUAUUCGACAGCCCACCAAUUGAAAAUGAAAAAAACCAGAAAAGUCGUAGUAGAGAGAACAUUCAUAAUGUUUACAGUGCAAGAGAAAGCGACUUGCCUCGGCAUUCCUCACAUACUGGUGACUACCAGGAGAGGCCUAGGUCAAGGGACAAUUCCUACAGGUCACAAAAUGGUAGCAGAGAUCCUCGGGACAGUUAUACACAUAAGCAAAGAUCUUCAGGUUACGAUUCAUAUGGUGAGGGCUCGCAAGUUAGCGAAAUUUCUAGGGGAAGGAACAGGAGUGGGUACUCCCUGGAUUCCCGGGAAUAUGUGCCUCAUGGCCAUGUUACAGAGUACAACCGGCCUAGGAAUGAAAGGCAAAGUAAUGGAAGAGCUAGUCGUGAAGUGUCCAUUAGUAGUGGUCGACUGCCAACCGAUCGACGUAAAGACUAUGUCCCACAAGAUAGUGUCAGAAGACAGAGAUCGAUAGAUUAUCAGCAAUCAGAUGAUGAUCUUAGGAGCGAAUCUUCAAGUAAGAUUCAGUAUCCUAGUACCCACAGCCAAAGACGACCUGAUAGGCAGGUUCUUCAGGAAGAAACCAAAAUUUCACCUAGCAGACAAAACUAUCAGGCAUCUUCUAUUAAACGCCGCCCAGAAUCUAUGAUCCGAGCUAUGGAAGACAAAGAAAGACGGAGUGGAGAUACAUUCCCUAGUCGUGGCCCUUCCAGGCGUACAACACAAGAGAUAUUUGAGAGUGAGGGCCGUGACCAGUUUCCUACCAAUUCUAUGGAUGAUCAGAUGCCACGCACAACCGAUCGUUUUCGUAAAUGGCAACAGAAGCUGCAACCAUACAUCAUUCUAAACACUGGUACUCGUGUCAGACUUAGUAUAUCCGCUGAUGAUUUGCUUGGCAAACCACAUGAAGAAUUAGUAUUGUUGUUGAUUCAACUGAGACGAGAUCAAGCAAACCUGCGCGCUAUGAAUGAGAUGAUUAAAACUGAGAUGACUAAAUUAACAGAUCCAGAUCUUCCAGCUGACAGUCCAACCAAAGCCAGAGCCAGACGAUAUUCUUUAAAAAAUCCAAGCAAAGAUUUCACGGAAGAAGAAAUGUACUUGCUAGAAUUGAACCAGCAGAAAGAUGAAGUUGAGAAAGAGAUGGAGAUCAGUGGUCCUCUAGUCAGCCUUGUGGACAACCUUGUCAGAAUGGGCAGUCUUUAUGGAGGACAGAAUGAAAUGUUAGCACAGCAGUACUACAGGGAUAAAGUAAACAAGGGUUUGAGUUAUAAGCCACCAAAGAAACUGAUUGAGUUCUCAAGAACUUGGCAAGAGAAACAAUUGGCUAAGGAUUUUGAGAAGGAACUUGAAGAACUAGAGACGGUUGAAGAUCGGGAGUUGGAAGACAAACUGAAUCAUCUGCAUUUCUUGGAUACCAGGCUACAAGAUAUUGCUGUGUAUAUAACUGACUUGAAAGAAGACAAGGAUAAGAUAGAGAAGGCUCUUGCAUCCCUUCAUCGUCAAAGCCGGAGCCAUUGGGAUGAUCCAGCGGCUCUUGAACGGAUCAAAGAACAACAGCAUCGAUUGGAAAGGGAUCUAAUUCAAGUCAGAGAAGAAUUAGCAUAUAGAACUAAGGUUUCUACAAAUAAAAAGAGUUAA